AUGCACAAUACGGACUUAUCCAAUAAUAAUUCAAAUAUUUCUUUGGCUCCCGCGUGGACGUUGGGCCCAACGAGCACUGCCAUUAUCACACCGCUGGCUAUUCUCCUCAACGGCUACGUGUUGUUCAUCUUCUUCACAAACAAAUCGCUGCACACUCCGUUUAACGUGUACCUCGGGAGUUUAUUAUUCGCCAAUCUGAUUUAUUCCAUCCUCUGCAAUCCGUUGGACGUUAUCAGUGGCCUUUAUCAAACCUGGCCGUUGAGUCCCACCGCCUGCGAUGUGUACAUCUACGCGCUGAUCGUCCUCGGCGCGAUGACCGUUAACUCACACGCGCUAAUCACUUUCAACCGUUUGUGGGCCAUGACUUUUCCAGUCUCGUACCGGAAUCAACAUAAUUUACGAAUUUCCUUCCAUACUGUCAGUGUUCUUUGGAUUUACGUCCAUUUCCUCGGUUUACCUGGAGUAAUACGGGAUUCUCUGUAUUUCCGAGCGCCUCUUAAAGAUAACGCGUGUAGUUUAAACGUUGAACUGCAACUUGAGUGGAACAUUAUCAUGCAGUUUAUCGGGUAUGAUUUGCCGAUAUCGUCCGUGAUCGCUGUUUACCCGUAUUUACUGAUUAAACAUCGGUUCCGACGGCGGAUUAAAUACGAUCGCUCGCUUGCCCUUUCGAAAAAAACGGCGUACCGCAACAGAAAUGAGAAUGUAUCAGUAAACGACAAGACAACCGACAAUACUGACGAAGAACGAAAGAGGGGCCGAAAAGAGCGUUACCGGGCGUUUAUUGUCACCAGCUUAUUGACCCUGUCCAUAUUGAUCUGCUGGGUGCCUAAUGCCACGUUUUUCUCUAUUAACUGUUUCACCACCGUGGAUGAGCCGAUAAUUUAA